AUGAAACUCAAGGUUUUUCCUGUUUGUGAUAUCUACGUGGUGGAAUAUCCUGACAACAGCGUGCGGAAAAAUAUCAGGCGGCGCGGCUCAGGGCGACGGCUUGACGUAACUAUCUUCCGGUUACUGGACUCGGACUCUGCGACGUCUCACGGCAAAAUAACGGGUGACGGUUCAGUGGUGUUGGAAUACUCGAUCAGGCGGCGGACUCGGACUGGCGACGUCUCACGGCACGAGCAGAACACAGACUGGACAGCAAUACAGUACACGGCGGCUCGACUCUGA